AUUGUGAACUGUCAUCUGUGUAUGGUAAGUAGUUAAUGCAAGAAAAUAUUGUAAACGAUAUUUGUAUAUUUGAAGUUGAAAACUACUCAAAUACAUUUCAUUGUAUUGCAUCUAUAAUUUAUAAAGACCAAGGUACGAUAGGUACAGGUGUAGUCGACAGAAAUGGAUUCCCCCAGGGUGUAUUCCAUACAAACUACGCCAACGAUAUGCCAAUAUUAACUAUAGAUAGUACUGUAAUUUACCAAACUCACGCCGAAGAUCUUCGGUGUAUUGCACUUAAAAUGCACCCUGGGCCCUGGCUGAUUCCCUUGUGCAUAAACAUGUCAAUCAAGGCAAAGAAAGGAACAACUGCAGUUUAUUAAACAGACAGUAGUGUGUUGUUGAUCCAACUGGUAAAUACAGCAGGCUUGUAAAGUACUGCUCAUGUUUUGACAGGAAAUAACCCUAACCUGACACUAACCCCAAUGGCCCCAGUGUGGAAAGUUUGUAUCGCGCGGUGGAUAUCUCCGGUGCGCAAUUUUGAUGCUUUCUAUAUAAUUACUAUUAAAUUUUUGAGUCAAUUAUAGUCCAGUCAGGCAAUGGCCCAACCCCAACCCUUAUUAUUUCAGGAUAUUUUUUUUCAUUUUUGCUGCCGAAACUUGCAUUAGGCAAGCCUUAGCCUACUGUCCCUAUGACUAUUGUCAGCAACAUGCAUUGCUGGUGACUGCUAAGCUGCAGUCUACAGAGCAACUCACAUAUAUCUUAACACAUGAUAUGUGUAUCAAAUGGGUAUCAUGCAUUUGAUACACAUACUAUCAAGUGCAUAUCACAUGAAUAUGAUAUGCCUAUCAGCUAUGCUGCUGAUAUCUGCAUGGUGUGUAUCAUAAGUGUAUCAUGCACAUCUGAUAUGUAUAUCAAACUCAUAUUGAUAAAGUAAUAGUAAUAAAGAGUUAUGACAACAAGAACUUCUAUAGAUCAUCAUAUCAUCCAAAUUUAGAUGACUUAGAUUGAAAUUUACCCAUUAAAUGAUUGCUUCAGGUAUUAAUACAUGAUGUUGGAAGUAGUUUUAUAAUAGCAGAAAACCAGGCAUUUACUGGACCGAAGUUACUUAAUUAAUGAUGAAUAAAUCUGGCAUGGCAUGCAAAAUGUACCUAUACUUACUGUGGUUCAAUAUACCAAUGCAACUCAAUGGGUUAACUAGACACAUGGGCAGACAGGUCAGUUAAUCCAUUAAGUGCUGGCCAGUGCUCUCCCUUUGAUGAAUAAAAUCAUCUGGUGUUAGAUGGAGUAAAAUACUAAAGUAGGGUGCAUCAGGGCAUAAUGUGACUCAAUGGGUUUUUAUUAUGAAAGAAUACAACAUUACAAAAUACAUUGAUUUUACCACUAUAAGUUAUUAGCUUUACAACAUUACAAAAUACAGUGACUUUAAGAUUAUAUAUAAGUUAUUAGCUUUAUGAUAUUACAAAAUACAGUGACUUUAAGACUAUAAAUUAUUAGCUUUAACUACAGCGUUGCAUAUUUGGAAUGUAAGUGUCUGGAUAAAAUCUAUAUACAUAUUAUAGAAUACUCGCUAUAGCUGUAGGCGUAGAGAAUCUUUGUUUAAUGUCCGACUCUUCAUUGCUGAAAAUUCAGGCUGGCCCCACAGGUGAGUUCAUAACAUACACCAGCAGUAUUUUUGGUAGUCAUAUUACCUUCAGUCUCUAGUCUGCGGAUAUCAGAUUUCUAUAAAUUAAAACUGUUGAAUUAAUUAGUCUGACAGAGAAUUUAAACUUUGAAUGAGUGUUUUCUGGUUUUCUAGUAUGUCUUGCAGCAUUCUAGUGUUGCACCGGUUUACAUUUUGCUGUAUGAGGAAGCUGGAAGUCAGGGCCGGAACUACCCUUGUAACACCCCCAAAGAAUAGUAGAAAAAGGGGACCCAACUUGUGGAGAGGGGGCCCUGGAAUUGCGGAACAUGUUAAAUAUUAAAGAAUUUUUUGGAAAAUUGAGGUCGAAAAAAGGUCUGAAAAACUACAUUUAAGUCCCCCAUUACGUAAAACUAGUGUUCAAAAAAUUUUUGCUUUCUGGAAAAUUUUUUUGCUGGGAGGGGGGCAGAAUGGAAGGGAGCCCAAAUUUUUUAAUCCCCCAACCAGAUACGGCUCGGCACAGCCCUGCUGGAAGUUGCUGGUGAUUGGUCGGCAACCAAGUCAUCCAGGUUGUUAGUGUCCAAGUUCAACGUUCCAUCAGGGACCAACCCGACACCAUCUGCAUUUUUUUCUUUUACCAACUGGCAAUACUUCGUUCCACUUUUGAUCCAGCCCAACUUUCUUCUGGCACGUUUAACAGAUGCUUCUGAGAUGGUAAUUCCAAAUUUGCUUUGCAGCAAUUUGCAAAGAUCUGCAAAGAAACACGAUUUAUUUUACAUGCACACACUAAUGACGUAGUAUACAGUCAUAAACAAACGGAAAACGUGUCAUAUAGUUAACCUUAACUUCGUUAAUAUAGUAGAAGUAAACAAAUGGUCACCUAAAAUGCAAACUCUCUUACCUACAGCACAAAGUUUAUCGUUUUUUCCUAAUUCACUAUCAAUAUACUCGUAGUGCUCCAUUGUCAUCACUCUUUUGUGGUUGUCACUUCGUCGCUGUCACUUGCUUUGGGCGCUUUACAAAAUUUGAGACUGACUGUCUACACACUGGACAUCCAGAUAGCUGCAAUUCUCGCGAAAUAUCCGAAAAUGUCUUUCCUUUACUAUGCAGUAUCAUAAUGCGUUACCGAGCAUAUGGAGGAAUUCGUCUACCAGGAAAAGUACUUGCCAUUUUUAUCAGGUGCCUAGCAGUCGCGAUAUUUAUAUACGCAAUACACGUAUCACAGUUAAUACGCGUAUCAGUUGAUACGCGUAUGAAAAGCUAUACAGUAUGAUACGCUUAUGAAGAGCGUAUCAAACAGGGCGCGUAUAUAUAGCUUACGUUUUUGGUUUACGAAACACAAACAGUGCUCAAUACCAUAUAGAUAGAGCGUAAUAUAGUUUUUCGUUAACAGUCUGUUUCAUCCGUAUAGGAAUAUAUAUAUAUAUACAACCAACAAUGAGAUGAUGGAUGUGGGACACAUAAAUUAUAUAUACGACAAGAACGCCAUUCAACCUAAUACGCAUACCAGGGCGCUUAUAUAUAUAUAUAUAAGCGCCCUGGUAUCAAACACGUAUUGGUUAAAUUAAUGAUACGCAGUUGAUACAUGUAUGUAGCGGAAUAUCAAACCAUCAAUUGAUACGCGUAUGAAGAGCAUAUCAAACGCGUAUCAGUUGCUUAUGAUCACAAAAAAUAGUUAAAAAUACGUGAGUGGCACUGUAGUAGCCCAAAGAAAUAUAUUCACGUAAAUAUCUCAAUUAAGAGGCAUGUUCAUAUUCACGUUGCCACACAAAUUCACGUUUUGGGUAGGUAGGUGCAUCAAAACUAGUACUUCUGCAACUUUUUCACGAAUGCACAGUGGCAUAUUUUUCAAAAGCAUUGUAGUAGGUAUGCCAACGCCUGACGUUGUCAGUACUGGGUGGGUUUAGGUAAAAACGUGAAUUUGAUGUUUUGCUAUGGUUGCUAUGGCAACUUCGAUGUGGCUGUGCGGCAGAGCACCGAAGGCUGGAAUUCUGCAGAGCUUUGGCGGGGGUUUUUUUGGUCAGCCGGAGCCUGCAGUGCUUGCUCCCAGCUCCACAUGGAAAGUCAGAAAGACAAGAAAUGUGAGAAUUUCGUUGAAUCAGUGUUGGUUACAAUUAUUGGAACGUGAAAAGUCAUGUCUGUUGUGUCAAACCAUUUUUCAAUUUCCGGCUUCUACAAACGGCCAAAUUGCAAAAAGUCAUUAUGUCUAAACUUUCUAUCACAGGAAAAGUUGUAAAUCACAAGCGUCAUGCUUUGAUACGCUGCAUCACGUAAGCUUACCUUGGGGACAAAAUGAAGUGGAAUAAUAUCCGCCAUUAUCCUAUGAUAGACUUUAUCCCCUGAGUUGUGAACCAACACAGCGGGAGCCGGAGAUUUGAGCUGUAAAGAGCUGGUACUGGUGCUGAAAAACCGGAGUUUGUAUAGAGUUGAUUAAUCAAAUCCUAUGUUCAAAAAUUGAAUGGCAUUAAUUAGUCAAUGAUAGCCAAUUUUUCUACGGCAGACUGUCUUUUCUUUCUUUCCUUCUGGCUCUCUUUUUCCAUUGAGGGCCAACUUAUAUAUAUAGGCCAAGGAUGCACUUUAGAUUACAGCACAACUUUCGAGUCACCAUUUAAUUAAUAAUGGCUCUUACUGCCUGUCAAUAUCAAUCAAUAUAAACCCAAUAGUGUGCAAGACUAGUUUAAGACUCUUGAUCAGUAAAACCAUCUGACGUUAAUCAGAGUAUUUUUUCUCGCGAAAAGUCAGAGUAUUUUCUUCUCGUCUUCUCACCUUGAGUCGUAUUAAUUUUUAAUAAAACAUACAAAACAAUAAAAACUACAAAUUAUCCUCGUCGUUCGUCGUGUAUCUAUGUAUAUAGCAUGUGUCCGAAUCGUAACAAAGUUCACGCGCGCAUGUGCAUCUUCAUGACAGAGUAAAAUCAUAAAGUUGGGCGCAUUGCAGCCCAUUGUAUUGCAGUCAUUUAAUGGCUUAUUAGCAAUAUUUAUAUCAGAAAAUGAUGACAAAUUGCUAACUGGUUAUCAUUGUGACUGUUCAUUGAUUGAUUAUCGAUCAUGGUAUCGAUUUUGAUCAAUUGAAUAAACAAGUGCAUGCAAUCAAAUCAGUGAUGAAGUUAAUUUAACUCGUUUUCAUUAAUAUGCAACUCUUUCCGAAAGCCUUUUAUUUAAUGUAUGUUAUUUCAUCUAGAUAAACUAUGGAGAAAUUUCCCAGCACUCGUUAUGAAAGACUUCAGUCAGAUGACGAAGAAGAUAAUGCUGAUGAAGAUUUACCUCCUCAAGUUCAUAUUACUGCACCUGGAGGAGAGGGGAAUGGAAGAAAUGGUAGGCGUUUUAUUAAAAAUAUUUAAAUCCACUGUUUUAUUGUUAUUUGAGGGAGCUUCCAGCCUGACAGUGAAUAAUUUAUUUGCAUUACUUGUACAAGCAGUUAAAGCGGGAGAAGAAUUCUUGAUUCAAACACAGGACGUGAACCCAUAACCUCAAAGUUGCUGCUCCUAUACGUUCAACCCCCGUCUGAGACUUUAUGACAUUGUGUUUGAAACUAUAGCGUUGUCUUUUAGGUCGUUGGAACCAUAUAG